UUACGCAAAUCUGUUGUCAAAAGCUGUCAUAAUAUCACCGUAAAAACAAUUUGUAGAGGUGACUGGUCAACUAGUGAUUGACUACAUCCUUUUCAACACCAACCAGCAAGUGCCAAUUACUAUCAGUUACACAGCAUAGCCAUAUCAUGAUGUAAAAAGUCCUUAGACACCCAAGAAGUUUCCAUACAUAUCAUUUUGUAUGAACAUUAGACGAACACAGGGACUUCCAGUGUCUGCUUUGGAAUGAUGUCAACAAUAUGUUCAGAAGACGCUUGUCAGCUGUCUGUGGCAGAGACAGAGAACCAGCUAAGGACAGAGUCCAGUACAGGACUGGAACAGGAGGAGGCCGAUCGACGUAGAGCAGUACAUGGCUACAAUGAGUUUGAAAUCACAAAAGAUGAACCACUCUGGAAAAAAUAUCUAGGACAGUUCAAUGAUCCACUAAUCCUGCUGCUGUUGGCCUCAGCAGUUAUCAGCAUCUUUAUGAAGCAGUUUGAUGAUGCUAUCAGCAUUACUGUGGCCAUCAUAAUUGUUGUGACAGUUGCAUUUGUACAGGAGUACAGAUCAGAAAAGUCACUGGAAGCCCUGACUAAACUUGUCCCUCCAAAAUGUCACUGUAUUAGGGAAGGGAAGCUGCAGACAUUCCUGGCACGAGAACUAGUACCUGGGGACGUAGUUUGCCUCGCUAUGGGGGACAGAGUUCCUGCAGAUAUCAGACUGUUUGAGUCUCAACAAUUAGCUAUAGACGAGUCGAGUUUCACAGGAGAAAUUGUACCACGCUCAAAAGUAGCCAACGCUUUACCAAAGAAACAACAGAUCGACAUUAACGAAAGGAAGAAUAUUGCGUUUAUGGGGACACAGGUCAGGUGUGGACGAGGAAAGGGUUUUGUAAUAGGGAUUGGUGAAAAUUCAGAAUUUGGAGAAAUCUUCAAGAUGAUGCAGGAAGAGGAGUCACCAAAGACACCCCUCCAGAAGAGUAUGGACAUUCUGGGCAAACAGCUGUCUUUCUACUCCUUCUGUAUCAUAGGGGGUAUCAUGUUCCUGGGCUGGAUCCAGGGCCGCAGCCUUCUCGACAUGUUCACCAUCGGGGUCAGUUUGGCCGUGGCUGCUAUCCCAGAGGGUCUGCCUAUCGUGGUCACAGUGACACUAGCAUUGGGGGUGAUGAGGAUGGCCAACAGAAAAGCCAUUGUGAAGAAACUGCCAACUGUGGAAACUUUAGGAUGUACAAGUGUUGUCUGCUCUGACAAGACUGGAACUUUGACCAAGAAUGAAAUGACUGUCACCCAUAUAUACUCCUCAGAUGGAUUAGUAGCAGAGGUGACUGGUGUGGGUUAUAAUGCCUCCGGAGAAGUGGUGUGUCAACGACAGGAAGUGAGAGAUAACUCUCACCCCUCCCUCAUCAAGGUCAUCGAGGUCGGAUGUAUCUGUAAUGAUGCUGACAUAUGUGCUGAUGGACUUCAUGGCCAACCAACAGAGGGUGCUCUCAUAGCAUGUGCAUGGAAGAUGAACAUCCACAAUGUCCGUGACCUGUACACACGGCUAGAGGAGAAGCCCUUCGACUCUGAAACUAAGUGUAUGAUAGUAAAGUGUACACCCCAGUACGGUAAUAGUAAGGAGAUGAUUUACUUUGUGAAGGGAGCUAUUGAGAAAGUGCUGAGUAACUGUGUGAGGUACAACAGUGAGGGUACUUGUCUACCCAUAUCUGAUAAACAUAAGAUGGAGUAUACGGAGCAAGCAGUCAGGAUGGGCAGUGCAGGUCUGCGUGUAUUGGCGAUGGCGUAUGGACCUGACCCACAAAGCCUUGUAUUUGUGGGUAUGGUUGGGAUUAUUGACCCACCCCGCCCUGGGGUCCGGGAGUCCAUCUCAACCCUAAUCAGUGGGGGUGUGGCCAUCAAGAUGGUGACUGGUGAUGCAGAAGAAACUGCCAAGGCUAUAGGUGCUCGACUUGGAUUGUAUGCCACGGGAAACAGAACUUUGUCUGGUGACCAGGUAGAAAAAAUGGAUACUGAAUCACUCAAAGACGUCAUCAACAAUACCACUGUGUUUUAUAGAACCACACCAAGACACAAAGUCAAGAUUGUAAAGGCCCUGCAGUCUCUCGGCCAUGUUGUGGGUAUGACCGGUGACGGUGUUAACGAUGCUGUAGCACUGAAGACAUCCGAUAUCGGGAUCUCCAUGGGGCGGUCGGGUACUGAUGUGUCCAAGGAGGCAGCGGACAUGAUACUGGUCGACGAUGACUUCUCUGUCACACUAUCUGCCAUCGAAGAAGGAAAAGCAAUAUUCUACAAUAUCAGAAAUUUUGUCAGGUUUCAACUAAGCACGAGUAUAGCCGCCCUGUCCCUGAUAGCCCUGUCCACACUGAUGCAACUGCCCAAUCCUUUGAAUGCCAUGCAGAUUCUGUGGAUCAACAUCAUAAUGGACGGCCCUCCAGCACAGAGUCUGGGUGUGGAGUCUGUGGACCAUGAUGUCAUACGGCAGCCCCCACGCAAGGUCAAGGACCCCAUCAUCACCAAAAGUCUCAUGGGUAGUGUCCUCAUGUCAGCAGCCAUCAUUGUCGUGGGCACACUGUGGGUGUUCUGGAGGGAGAUGAGCGACAACAAGAUCACACCUAGAGAUACAACUAUGACCUUCACCUGUUUUGUAUUCUUUGACAUGUUUAAUGCUCUCAGCUGUAGAUCUCAGGAGAAGUCAAUAUUUCAAAUAGGACUUUUUACCAACAAAGUAUUUCUGACAGCAGUGGUUGGCUCCAUCAUUGGCCAGCUCCUCGUCAUCUACUUUCCCCCUCUACAGGCUAUAUUCCAGACAGAGGCCCUGUAUUUUCAAGAUUUUGUGUUUCUAAUAUUCCUGACGUCAAGUGUAUUUAUAGCAUCUGAGGUUAAGAAGGCAAUUUACCGGGUGACAGAACGAAGGAAGAAAUUACAGGCAACCAGCAUGUACUACCCCGACCACUUGGUGUGACACCUUAACUACAGUGUAUCCAGGUGUGUAAAUCUGACGCGAUACCUGUCCAUUUGUGUAAGAGACGAUGUGUGAUACCUGUAUGUUUGUGAGGACACCAGGGCAUACCUGUGUAAUCCACACCUGGAUAUGUGACACAUAUGUCCACCACACGUGCACCUAGACGUGUGAAACCUGUGCUCAUCACACCUAGGCGAUUGAAAUCAUGUACUCCACAACUGGAAGUGUGAUACUUGACCUGCCAUUUUGACAGAAAAUGUGAUAUCAGUCUUUUUUUAGGUUGAAGUGCUUGUAAUUGUAUUAAAUGUGACACUUGUCUAUAUGUGAAAGCAUGACUGAAGAUACCUGUUGAUGUGACACGUGUGUGUUAUACCUGUCAAUGUGACACGUGUGUAAUACCUGUUGAUGUGACACGUGUGUGUAAUAUCUGUUGAUGUGACACAUGUGUGUAAUACCUGUUGAUGUGACACAUGUGUGUAAUAUCUGUUGAUGUGACACGUGUGUGUAAUAUCUGUUGAUGAAGUUUAUUUAAAUGACUUAAAUACUGUUUUGAUGGGACCAAGGACUUGUCAAUGUGAGAGCUGUAAUUGUCUGAAAACACAGGUAAUGGUGACCUGUCACAUGGUUGCAAGUCUGUUAGUAACUUGGUGAAAAUGUUAGAUAACAUUUGUAGCUAUGUUUAGAUAAUUUAUCAGUGAUUUUUGGCACACAGAUAUUCAAGUCCUACACUCAUGCUUUUCCUCUUUGGACAUGCCCACAUUUUCAUAACCCACUACAUCUCUUAAUAAUUGAAUUCAUCAACAUUUUGAAAAUGAAGUUCAGGACUUGCCUAAAAGUUUUUACAUAAAUCACUAAUUUAUUUUGAAUUUGCAAUGUAAUACUUAGACCAAAUAUGAAAUUAUAGCAAAGCAAACUUAUAUCGACCUCAAAAUAAGACGAUCAAUUCACCAUUGAAUUGAACCCAAAGCUUUAUUUACAAGUAUGUAAACAACCAUAUCAUCUCAGAUGUAAAUCUCAUUACUUACCGUACAUCAUCUAAAAAAUGCCCCGCAAGCUUAGCAGUUUCUGAUCGCAUGAUUGCAGAACUUUCCAGUACAACUAUAUGUUCAUAAAUAGCCAUAAGAUACUUUAAUGAAAGUUGGUAAUUUUUAUGAAAGGAUGAGACUCUUAGACCAGAAACAAGGGAUAAGGGGGUGCUUAAAAGGGGUGGGGCACUUGGUAUGUCAAAUACCUACAGUAGUUUAUAUAGAAUCAUUCCUCAUGGCCCAAUGUUUGCGGGUAGCUUUUAUAAAUGUUUGUUAUUGUUGAAGGGAGUUUAUAGUGUGUGGUUGUUACUUUGCUUUCUUGACUCAUAGACUCAGUUUUUUUGUGAUAACUCAAAGAAUAUACAACAUUAUUUCACAAGGCAAACCUUAUUUUCUUACUUUUGCCUAAUAACUCCAGGAAUUAAAUCUGAUCCUCUAUCAAGCUAAAACUACAAAUGUAGAGAAAUUAUUUGCAAACCACCAAAAAGUUAACAUAUAAGGAAAAGACAUUUUGACGACUUAUUUUCUUAUUUUUACCCAAUAUUUCUUGAGAAAUUUUGAUGAAAUUUCCUAUUUACCUUUGCUAUGCCUGUAACAAAUUUGAAUAUGGCUGCAAUUGUCAAAGGUAAAGGUCACUUUUACCUAAAACAGAGUUUAAUCAUGGAUGUAGCAGGGAUGGGGUGUAUUAAGAGACUCAGUUUCUCCUAUUUGUUGUAGUUGGAGAAAAAACAUUUUAUAUCCUAUCUGAAAUAGUGCAUAACAACUGGACUAGAGUAGUAAAAUAUGGUCCGACUUGUAAAAUUAUGUUGAUUAUUCAUCAAGUCUGUAAGACAAGUAGAAGAUAUUUUAUAUACCUUGUGACAUGACGACAAUGAUGUAAUGACAUGCCUACAGUUUAACGGCUUCUCGUCAUUUGAUUUCUUCCUUUUAAUAAACAUGUGAUAGCAGACAAGUUUAAGGCUUGACAGAGAUUGUAAAUAAUCAUGAUGGCAAUUUAAAUUAAGUUUACUGUGUAACAGCUUGUCUCAGUAUGUUGUAUUAUGUAACCCUUUGAAGAGAGAAAGCUUUAUACUACAUAUUAUCAUGGGCAAUCCUUGGGAAGAGGUUUAUGUCUGUUAGUUUAUUUGUAAUGCUGUAGUGUACCUAGCUGUAUAAAUGUGUACUGGGCCUGUUUGCAUGUUCAUAUAUUCAAAUGAUGCAUUUGUUGAGUCAACCUUAUGUUGUCUGGACAACAGGGGUGUGUGGACACCAGAUAGUCAUUUUGUGUAAUAGAUGUGUCUGUUCAGUCAAACAUGUGUUGACUGGACAGCAGGAGGUGUGACGAUGCCAGAUAGUCAUUUUGUGUAAUAGAUGUGUCUGUUCAGUCAAAGAUGUGUUGACUGGACAACAGGAGGUGUGACGAUGCCAUUUAUGUGUUGACCAGGCAACAGAGGUGUGUGGACACAAGAUACUAUUAGUAGUUACUUUGUGGGAUAAUUGUAUCUGUUGAGUCAACCGUGUGUUGACCGGGCAACAAGAGUGUGUAAAACACCAGAUAGUAACUUAGUGUAAUGUUUGUGUGUUUACAGCCAUUACUUUGUGUAAUGUUUGUGUGUGUUGAGCCAUUAAUGGCCAGCGAGGUGUGUAGAACACCAGAUAGUAACUUUGUGUAAUGUAUGUGUGUUGAGCCAUUACUUUGUGUAAUGUAUGUGAGUUGAGCCAUUA